GAUUUCGGGCAGAUGGAGCGCAACAUUUAGGUUAUUUCUGUUUUCAUGUUUUGAGUUGUUAUUUUUUUGUGUGUGUGUAACAAGUUGUCACUUGAUGUUGUUUAUUGUUGGACUUUUCAAAUUAAAAACGAACCAUGUCUUUCGAAGAUGCCGAGCUCAAAGACAUCUUAGCCCAAACGUUGGAGUCGAACGGAUCUUUGGCGAAAAUCCGGGCCCAACUGAGAUCUUGCAUUUAUUUGGCCUUCGAUGAGGAUGAAUUGAUGCAUAAGAAGCAACCGUUGAUGAACAACAAAAUCCAACAGAAGCUGGAGACUCCUGUUGGUAAGCUGAUGUUCAAAGUUGUCAGGGAGUUUUUGGAGUUCCUAGAUUUGGACUACACAAUAUCUGUGUACGAUUCUGAAUCGUACAUGGGCAAAGAGUAUGACUAUGAGGGUAGGAGUGAUCUACUGAAAGAUCUGAACCUGGAUGCGAACGAAUCCGUCCCAGUCCUAUACGAACUAAUCAAACAGGCUCAGGCUAAAAGUGCUCAGGUUAAGCAGCAGAACGGAGAGUCGGAUUCCACGUUCGAUAUGACAUCGCCGACGGUGCAAUUCGAUUCACCGCAGCCAUCCGAGGUGAUCAAUCCAGAGAAAUCGACGAAACCUAUGAGAACUAUCCUCGAUUCGACCAUCAACGAUUUCCCUUUCAUCAGCAAGCUAUCUCCGCAAAAGUUAAAGAACAGAUCGAUACUAGGCGAGAAGACGAACGGAGCGGAAUUGAUUAAUAGGAACAGCAACUACAUUGUCGGCGAGGAUAACUACGAGGAGGAUUUCAUGUCUGAAAGGGAACUGAAGAGCGAUCAUGACUUGGACAGCCAGGACUUCGAGGUGGACUCGAACAACGUCGAAGAUAUUUUGCAAUCCAAAUGAUGGCACGUCACAGUCCUAAUCGUUUUUCUUUUAAAUCAAAACAAUACUCUCGUCGUGUCUUUUAAAGCAAACCAAUUGAUUUCAAUUGCUUUAUUUUAUAUCCUGGAGUCACGUGGAAAAACACUUUGCGAUGCCAUUAUUACUUCUAUUUUAAUAUUUAUUUUUUUUUUGUAAUUAAUUAAGUUUGCUAAAAUAACGCUCA